GGAUGCCGAGUCCCAACAGUGCAAGUAGCACACGCACACUCCCAAACGAAAAGCACAAAAACAAAACCUCUUUUAAAACUCGACCAAAACAAAGUUGUGGUUCAGAUCCAAUCUCUCUUCCUUCUUCACAGCACUUCCAAAAAGGGCACUUCACAUAAUAAACCAUUCCAUUGAACACACACACCAUCAAACACCUUCUUCUUUUUUAUACAUCAUUGCCUCAUCUUUUGUAAAUUAUAGUUUAAUUUCAUGCACGUGAGAUAUACUAUAUAGCAAGCACUGCCAUAGAAGGAAAAGGGUUGGUAUUGCUUUUGCGUAACAUAUCAUUGGAGUUUCCAAUUUAGAUUAACAUAGUGUGUUGAUUUUGGGAUUGAUGCUUGCGGUGUCACCUUUGAGGAGCAAUAUCAAAGAUGAAAAGAAGCAAGGAGAGAUGGAGGGUAAUUUCUCAAUGGCAACAACAACAACAACCGAUGAUGUUGUCUUUGGUGACCUUUCUGAAGGGAACUUGUUGGAGAGCAUCAACUUCGACGAACUCUUCGUCGGCAUCGACAUCCACGGAGAUGUCUUGCCGGACUUGGAGAUGUUCGGCGAGUUCUCCGUGGAUGUCAGCACCGGCGAGGAAUCGUCGGAGAUGAACUCGUCGGCUAAAAGCAGCAAACUUGAGAACGAUCAGAAUGUCAUCGCCACUACUUCAAAGAAAGAAGAGGAAGAAGAUAAAACUUCUUGCAAUGCUUCUGGUCAAGACUUGGGGUCAAACCGUGGAGAGGAGAUUGUGAGCGAGAGAGAUGAAUCCGUGGUGGUGAAUCCAGCACCAAAGGAUGGUGGAAAAGGAAGAAAAUCUUCUUCGGCUCAAUCAAAGAAUAAUAGUAGUAGUAAUAAUAAUCCUCAAGGGAAGAGAAAAGUCAAGGUGGAUUGGACCCCAGAAUUGCACAGACGAUUCGUGCAAGCUGUGGAACAGCUAGGAGUGGAUAAGGCGGUGCCUUCAAGGAUUUUGGAGAUUAUGGGAAUUGAUUGUCUCACUCGCCAUAACAUUGCUAGCCACCUUCAAAAAUAUAGAUCCCAUAGGAAACAUUUGCUAGCACGUGAAGCUGAAGCAGCAAGCUGGAGUCAAAGGAGGCAAUUGUGUGCUGGUGGAGGGAAGAGAGAAGGGAGUCCAUGGUUAGCACCAACCAUGGGUUUCCCUCCAAUGACUCCCCCAAUGCACCAUUUUAGACCUUUACAUGUAUGGGGGCACCCUUCCAUGGACCAGUCCUUCAUGCAUAUGUGGCCUAAGCAUCUUCCAAAUUCACCACCACUCUCAUGGCCGCCGCCGGCUGCACCGCCUCAAGAGCCUUCAUUUUGGCACCAACUGGUUCCUAACGCACUAAUCCCAGGAACAGCUUGUUUUCCACAACUUCUGACACCAACGAGAUUUGGAAGUCCCCCUGUGCCCGGCAUCCCACCCCAUGCCAUGUACAAAGCAGAUCACGACAUUGGCCUCCCUGGUCCCCUUUUCGACUUUUAUCCGUCAAAGGAGUGCAUAGAUGCAGCUAUUGGAGAUGUUUUAUCAAAGCCUUGGCUGCCUCUACCUAUUGGACUUAAGGCUCCAGCGCUUGAUAGUGUGAUGAGUGAAUUACAAAGACAAGGAAUUCCAAACAUUCCACCCUCUAGUGCUUGAAACCAACCCUUCGUGGAAGAGGUUCUUCCCUUUCAUAUGGUGUCCAUUAAAGGCCAUUUAACCCUAAUUCGACGACUUCUCAUCCAUUAGAUGUUGCAUGCAUUGCGUAUAUGUUACAUCUAAGCUACUAUGUCAGUGAUUCAUAUCUUUCUUCUUUUGCUUUGCCAGUAAAAGGAAAAGAAGAAAAAACUUUUAAGCCUUUUUUCUAAUUUUCAUGUGCUAUAAUGUAUUAGUUAAUGGUUUCAAGUCGUGGUCAUUGUAGCCAUUUUGUAUAUGUACGGUUGUAAAGGCAGUUAUUUUUAAUAGCUGUAUGAGCUGAGGAAAUCCCAAUAAAGGACUUUGAUAAAAUAUUUCUUUUUC